UUAGUUUAUUCAGGUAAACAUGGCGUCUAAACGUAAAUGUGACGCCACGGUUCCUGCGGAGGAAAGUGACCAACUGCUCAUCCGCCCGCUAGGAGCAGGACAGGAGGUGGGACGGUCCUGCAUCAUCCUGGAGUUCAAGGGACCAAAGAUUCUGCUGGACUGCGGGAUCCAUCCUGGUCUGGACGGGACGGACGCUCUGCCGUACAUCGACCUGAUCGACCCGGCUGAAAUUGACCUGCUGCUCAUCAGCCACUUCCACCUGGAUCACUGUGGAGCUCUGCCCUGGUUCCUGCAGAAGACCAGCUUUAAAGGACGCACCUUCAUGACUCACGCCACCAAGGCCAUCUACCGCUGGCUGCUGUCCGACUACGUCAAAGUCAGUAACAUCUCUGCAGACGACAUGUUGUCACGGAGACGGACCUGGAGGAGAGCAUGGAGAAGAUGGAGACCAUCAACUUCCACAGUGCGGACGGUAACAAGUGGUGAACACAGCGGUGAAGGACAGCCGCAUGAUUGUGUUGCAGUCAUAGCAGAAACCUGCUCUCUAAGGGCAGACUUGCAGGAGACUCCUCUAACAAACCCAGACAUGGAGUUGUUUGUGGACGGCUCAGCAUCACGUGAUCCAGCUCCUGGUCAAAAACACCAUCCCGAAGGCCGCAGAGAAGAAACUGCACGAUCUGGAGCCAGGGGACUGGAUUGUGGGAAAGGACUUCAGGAGAAAGGGCUCGCAGGUGGACCGGGCCAUUUCAGAUACUGCUAACAACAGAAACAGCAGUAAAAGUGGCUGAAAGAGCAACUUGGAUUCACGCCACCCACUGCAAACGAGUGCCAAAGCAACCAAAAGGCCUCAAACCAGGCGAAGAUGGAGAUCAGUGAUUGAGCUGAGCUUUCCCCUGCCUUGUGUUCCUAGGGAGGGAGGGGAGUGGAGGUCUCUGAGACCACCUAGAACCACUAAUCUCCCAAACACUCACCGCGGGCACACUGAAACCAACAGAUGGCUCUGGAGAGGUGACGGACCGAGACAAAACGGAGGCGUUGUUCUGCUCACUGUCAUCAUUUCCAAACAUGAAAACAACAAACUUGGCCUGACUGAGGGAAAGUUCCAGGCCGAAGAGGAGGAGAUGCACGUCCUCCCUGACAGCCCGGCUGGGCUGAAAGACAAUGCAUGGUAUGCAACCACGAUGACCACUUCAAGAAAAGUAACCAAUCAGAGCUGUUAUGCGUGUGCACAGCUCCCUCAUGGAGUGGGGAACUCCAUACCAGUGAAACCCAGACCAAUAAAUGUUUCAGAGACACUAGGAGCCCUGUUAACCUUCACUCAAGGGUUUCCCAGGGUGGGCCGAGAAGUUAAGGAUAUGACCAAGACACUUAACUGUGUAACAUCAGCAUGGUCAACUUUAGGGUUAGGUUCUGGAACACGUCUCAGAUAACCACCAGAUGUACCUUGGACAUGGGUGUCUUUCUAUAGGCCCUUUUUUAGCCGACGUCAGAGGUACGUCACAGCGUUAGCUGGAGGCAAAACAAACGGACAACCGGAGGCGGCCAAUACAAACCAGCACAGGGUCGGCUACACAAGGAGCUUAAAAUGUCAUCUUGUUGUGUUGUCAGAAUCGACGGAGUACAGGCAAUUUGAAAUUUUAUCGCAUACCUGCUGCCACUGCCAUACAAAAACCCGAAGACAGCUGUGGUUAAACGCAAUAAAACGAGCGGACUGGACAGAAACGAUCAUCAAAAAUUCUCGCGUAUGCAGCGCACACUUCAUAUCAGGUAAGUUAAGGACAGGCUUCUAUGGAUGAAGACAGCCCUGACUUCGUCCCGUCUGUGUUUUCCUAUAAAUGGCAGAAUGACAGGCCUGUGGAAAAGCUGGAGAGGCUGGAAAGAAAGAGGAAACGGGAAUGUUCAACAGUGGAGCAACAGGCUUCUUGCCAUGCUAAUGAUGAUCCAGUGACACCAGAGGAAGCAGUGGAAGAAGCUGAGGCUAUGGUCCCUGAAGCAGCAUACAACAGUCUCAGUGAGAAGUAUGAUCAACUCAACACUGAAUAUGUCAACUUAAGAAAAGACUUUUACCAACUUAAAGAGGAGAAUGAAAGACUGAAAUAGGAGCUUCAGAAAUCACGCUUCUCAUUCUCCACGAUCAAAAACAAUGCUGCACACUUUGUUUCUCACUGGGUUAACUUCAGUCAUCUUCAGUUGGUUAAUGUCAAAAAUUGAAGACAGUGUGCAGAAGCGAACUGAAAGUCUCAUGCUAGAAGAUCAUUUAUUAGUCGUUCUUAUGAAACUGAGAUUGGGGCUCAGUAACAGAGAUAUUGCAUAUAGGUUCAAAGUUUCUGAAAGCACAGUGUCAAACAUUCUAAGGUCCUGGUUGCCUGUAAUGGCAAACAUCUUGAAAUCCAUUAUUAAAUGGCCAAGUAAAGGUGCUGUCCUUAAAAAUAUGCCCAAAAGUUUCAGGCGACAUUUCAAGAGAUGCAGGUGUAUAAUUGACUGUACAGAGAUAUUCAUAGAAGACCUACUAACUUGACUGCCAGGGCUCAAACCUGGUCCAAUUACAAGCAUCACAACACUGUUAAGUACCUGGUGGGAAUAACACCUGCUGGGGCAGUUUCAUUUCUGUCCACGGGCUGGGGUGGGAGAGUGUCAGAUAAACAGAUAACACUUGAAUCAGGAUUUUUGCACUUGUUAGAGCCCAAAGAUGAAAUCUUAGCGGACAGGGGGUUUUGAUCAGGGAUCAACUUGCUGCUUAUGGUGCCACUUUGCGUAUACCAAAUUUUACCAAAGGAAAGAGUCAGUUACCUGCUUGUGAAGUAGAUUCAUCCAGACAACUGUCACGUGUGAGAAUACAUGUAUAGAGAGUUACAAGCAGAUGGAAGAGUUUCAAAAUUUUGCAUUCUGUUAUUCCUAUUUCCCAAGUUAGCCUUUUGGAUGACAUGGUGAUUGUGUGUGGUGCUCUUACCAAUUUGUGUAAAUCUGUGGUACCCAGAAAAGAGAGAGUAUGUCGUGUAUGAAAUAUCAGUGUUGUGUGUA